UACCUUGUACUCACUCAAACCAUGGCAAAUUUUUGUUGCAUGAAUCUGAUAGUUCUGAUUCAAGUCAACCAUUUCCAAUUUUCCAUACACAAUAAAGGAACAAAACAGGUGUGGGGUCACGAUGAUUAAAGCAAUUCUUGUAUUCAACAACCACGGAAAACCAAGGCUUAGCAAGUUUUACCAAUAUUUUAAUGAAGAACUACAACAGCAGAUAAUCAAAGAAACUUUCCAACUAGUUUCUAAGAGAGAUGACAAUGUCUGCAACUUUUUGGAAGGGGGAAGUCUGAUUGGGGGAUCCGACUACAAAUUGAUAUACCGACACUAUGCCACACUGUACUUUGUUUUCUGUGUGGACUCGUCUGAGAGUGAAUUAGGCAUCUUGGACCUUAUUCAGGUGUUUGUGGAGAGCUUGGACAAGUGUUUUGAGAAUGUCUGUGAGCUGGACUUGAUAUUCCACGUGGACAAAGUUCACUUCAUCCUCAACGAGCUGGUGAUGGGAGGCAUGGUUGUUGAGACCAACAUGACGGAGAUCAUCACCAGAAUAGAGGACCAAAAUAAGCUCGAGAAGCAGGAAGCCGGACUGGCAGCCGCCCCUGCCCGCGCUGUGUCUGCCGUCAAGAACAUGAACCUCCCGCAGCAAAUCAAGGACAUCAAACUUCCGGACCUGCCCACAGCCAUCAACAACCUGAAAUUCUGAGAGAAAAACACCUCAGUUACUCCUCGUAUUAUUUCGGUGUCUUGAUUGAGUACUGAUAAUUACUUAGUAAAAUUAAUUGGAAGCCGUCGUGUUGGCUAUAUUGAUGUCUAGCCUACUGUCUCAUUUUAAUAGGUACCGUAUCUUUAUAGAAAAUGUUUUUCUGUUUGCAAUUGAAAUAAAUUUGGCCAACAAGUUUACUGCCAUUGUAAUAAUGUUGAGAAUAUAUUAGAAUUUAUUUGGCUAAUGACGUAACUAUACGGUAGGUAUAUCUAGAUCUGAUGCAGAGUGAAGCAACUUGUCACGUGGAUUCUGCACCGUGUUGAGAUAACAGUGCUAAUUAUGUAUUCAUUGAACAUUCCAAUAUUGCUAUAGCCUGGUAAUGUUAAACUCAAGCAUUAAAACAAGCGAAUAGACAUCACCUAUGAAUUAAGUAAGUUCCUAUCCAAACAAAACUUGUAGGAGAACUUGUCUGCUAAUUCUGUUAAAAUGAAUUUCUGCUUCAGAAAAUACUGAUAUCACAGGCGUGGCAUGUUCUCUGUUCGAACUGAAGAAUCGCAGCAGUUCUCUAAAAAUCAUAAUUUUAUUCUGCAGCAUUUUCUUCCAUCUUAGUUAACAAUUCAUAUUCUUUAUCCUAACGAUUCUAAAUGACGUGCUGCUGCUGGCACUCAAACAGUUUCGUAUUUGCUUGAUCUGGUUUCUUCUCAGCGACCAAAUGCCGUCAUACUUGCCUGUGACGUCACGUACUUGCCUGUCUGUCAUGCUACUGCCUGUGUGACAUGUUAGUGAUGAUUAAUUACGACUAUAUAAAUUCAUGCAGGUAUGUGUAAGUUUAGUUGAUCUAAUCCCAACAUUAUGUCAGGAAUUCUGAUGCCAAGUUUCUAUUUAUUAUAUUCUUAUUUUUCAACAUCGUCCAUUCUAAUGAUAUGAAAGACCGGGUACUUAUCACGUCACGCUGAUAUUUGUGAUGGAUAUUUAAAGAUAAAUCUUCUUUCUGGUAGAUUCCCAGUUUUGUUUGAUAUUUUUAUUUAACCUGUUAUGUUAGAUAGAAACUUCUUAGUCAAUUAAACAACUUCAUUGAUUAGAAUGGGUUAAGUUUUCGUUUUAUAUGGAAGUUAUUUAAUAAUGCUGUAUAAAUCAAGUGUACGGUACUGAACGUUCGAGGGCAUCAACGAUUACCUUUCUCUCCUACCCAAACUUCGACGAAUGAAGCAAUAUCAGUUCUGCCUUUAGAAAAAGUUUCCUUAAAUAUACAAGCACAGAUGGCCUCUGUUGCUCGGAAUUCAAGUGGGAUUUUGCAUUCGUCGUGCCAGUGUUUACCUUUUCAUGUAGGUAAGGGGUCAAUUUUUCAUCUUUAUACUAUCAUUUUGUAUCACCUCUUUUAUGAGCAUUUGUCUUUCUUUCAAUUGCUGUUCACCUGUCCUUAUACGUAAUUUAUUUGAUAAUUAUUUCGAUUAUUAUUAUUAUUUUAAACAUU